AUGAACAGCAGAAGCAUGAUGGCAUUAUUCCAUUGGGCUUUACCACCUGUAUUGUCUGGGAUAAAGUUCCUGGAGAGCCUCUCACCGAUGAGUAUUUCUAGAGCAGGCGUCCUCAUAUCCGCCCCGCAAUCCGUGAAGAAUUCUACCGAGGGUAUCAUGGCCUCGUCAUCGAAUCUCAUCUACGAUAAGUUGACCGGAAAAAUGGGCAUCUCGGGUUUCUCAAAUGCUGGUCCCAUUGAUAGCACUGAAAAAUGGCUUGAUACCAACUACUUUGUACAAGCUAGCCAAGCUGGUGGACCUUGA